AGGUGCGGAAGGGGAGAAAGACUCUCAGGUGUCGCUCUUAGUUGCUCGUUUUAGUGUGUGUACCGCUUUUAGUUGCUCGAUGCGUGUUCUGGCGGUCGGAAGUGAGAGGGUCUGAUCCGCUGAGAAUUGGGGGCUGCCGGCCUGGAGUUGAUGAAGCGGGGCUGAGCAGUGCUGCUGGUCUGUGAACCUGCUUUGAAAACUUGGUUACUGAGGCUUCUCUCCUGGAGAGAUCUGAAUACAGUAUUAAAGAUACCGCUGAAAAAAGUUAAUGCAUGGAAAUGGAAAGAUGAUUAGAUUUGGACUCAGGAGAAGUGGAUUCUAGUCUCAGCUCUGCCUCAGCAGAGUUCUGUAACCUUGGGCAAACCAGCCCUUAAGAAGAACUGUUGCACUGACUUGGGUUUUAUUCAGGAACACUGUGCCUGUCACUCAACGUAAUUUCAGCUUUCCGGCUAAAUGACUUUUGUGCCAGUGAUACCGGAGACCUACAGCCAUGUUCUUGCAGAGUUUGAGUCUCUGGAUCCAUUACUUUCAGCCCUGAGGCUGGACUCCAGUCGUCUUAAGUGCACGAGCAUAGCCGUGUCUCGGAAAUGGUUGGCUUUGGGCAGUUCCGGAGGGGGACUCAGUCUCAUUCAGAAGGAAGGCUGGAAGCACAGGCUUUUUCUUUCACACAGGGAAGGUGCAAUUUCUCAGGUUGCCUGUUGUUUACAUGAUGAUGAUUAUGUUGCUGUAGCUACCAGUCAAGGUCUCGUAGUUGUUUGGGAAUUAAAUCAGGAGCGUCGUGGGAAGCCAGAACGAAUUUAUGUGUCUACAGAGCACAAAGGCCGAAAAGUUACAGCUCUCUGCUGGGACACAGCUAUUCUUAGAGUUUUUGUAGGUGACCAUAUGGGGAAAGUUUCUGUCAUCAAACUUAACACUUCUAAACAAACAAAGGCAGCUGCUGCCUUUGUGAUGUUUCCUGUUCAGACAGUAACAACAGUUGACUCCUGUGUUGUGCAGUUAGAUUAUUUGGACGGAAGACUACUUAUAUCUUCACUUACUCGAUCCUUCUUGUGUGACACUGAGAGAGAAAAAUUUUGGAGAAUCGGAAGCAAGGAAAGAGAUGGAGAAUACGGAGCUUGUUUUUUCCCUGGAAGAUGUUCCUCGGGCCAGCAACCCCUAAUAUAUUGUGCUCGCCCUGGCUCCAGGAUGUGGGAAGUGAACUUUGAUGGGGAAGUUAUAAGUACCCAUCAGUUUAAGAAACUCCUCUCAUCACCACCUCUCCCUGUGAUUACUCUAAGAUCAGACCCUCACUAUGAUUAUACAGUUGGAUCCUCCCAAUCUUUGUCUUUCCCCAGACUCUUGCAUGUUAGUGAGCACUGUGUACUGACUUGGACAGAAAGAGGAAUUUAUAUUUUCAUUCCUCACAAUGUUCAAGUUCUUCUCUGGAGUGAAGUCAAAGAUAUUCAGGAUGUGGCUGUCUGCAAGAAUGAGCUGUUCUGUUUGCACCUAAACGGGAAAGUCUCACAUCUUUCUCUGUUGUCUGUGGAACGCUGUGUGGAACGCCUGCUGAGGAGAGGCCUGUGGAACCUGGCUGCUCGCACUUGCUGUCUUUUCCAAAACUCUAUUAUUGCCAGCAGAGGAAGAAAAUCUUUGACUGUGGAUAAAUUGGAGCAUUUGAAGUCUCAGCUGGAUGUCACAACCUAUAAUAAUCUAAUUUCUCAACUGGAAGAAUUGAUCUUAAAAUUUGAACCUUUGGAUUCAGCUUGCAGCAGUAGAAGAAGCUCCAUUUCGUCACAUGAAAGUUUCAGCAUCUUGGACUCUGGUAUUUAUCGGAUCAUUAGCAGUAGAAGAAGCAGUCAGUCAGAUGAAGACUCUUGUUCCCUUCAUAGUCAGACCCUCUCCGAAGAUGAGAGACUCAAAGAAUUCACCUCACCUCAAGAAGAGGACCAACCAGAUCAGUGUUGGAGCUCACACGGAAAUGAAGACAGUGUUUCUCAUGCUCCUGUGACAUUUGAGACAGAUAAGAACGAAACUUUUCUCCCCUUCGGCAUCCCGCUAUCAUUUCGUUCUCCAUCUCCUCUUGUGUCUCUUCAGGCUGUCAAGGAAAGUGUUUCUAGCUUUGUGCGUAAAACUACUGAGAAGAUUGGCACCCUUCAUACAAGCCCUGAUCUGAAAAUAAGACCAGAACCCAGAGGUGAUGAGCAGUUCUGUGAAGACGAGAUGAGUCCAGGCACCUGCCCAAAGGAACAAGACACUGAGGGCAAAAAAGAAGUAAUUAGUCAACCUCCAGAAGAAGACAAGCUCCAAGAGCUCAAAGUAGCAACAGCAGAAGCAAUGACCAAGCUACAGGACCCGCUGGUUUUGUUUGAACCCACAUCUCUGAGGAUGGUCUUACAGGAGUGGCUUUCACAGUUAGAAAAAACGUUUGCUGUGAAGGACUUUUCAGGUAUUUCAGAUACUGGCAACUCAUCCACGACGUCAAACCAGGAUGUGCUAUUGUUUGACCAGUCAAAAAAAGAAAUACUAGAUGAAGAUAAUGAAAAAGAAAAAAGAGAGUCUUUAGGCAAUGAAGGACCUGUUGAUCCAACAGCAUGUGAAUCUACAAAUAGUCUGAGGGAGCCCCUGGAUGACCUUUUCCAAGUCUGUUCUCCGUGCAGCAUAGCUAAUGGUCUUCAGAAGGACCUGGCUGAAUUGACAACGUUGUGUUUGGAAUUGAAUGUAUUGAAUUCUGAGACCAAAAGCACAAGUGGAUGUGUGGACCACACUCUGCAGCAGUACUCUCCUGAAAUUCUGGCUUGCCAGUUCAUAAAGAAGUACUUUUUUCUCCUGGACUUGAAAAGAGCAAAAGAGAGUAUCAAGCUUGGUUAUGCUAGCAGUCCUUGUGUUUGGGAUACUUUUAUUGAAGGAUUGACAGAAAUGGCAAGUUCCAGUCCUACAUAUAUGGAGAUGGAAGAAGGAGACUUACCAACAAGAUUAAAGUUAUUGAAUGACUCUGUCCCCUUUGGCAAUCCUUUGUUGAUUGCUUAUGCUGCCCGAUUGUAUGAGAAGUUUGGAGAAUCUGCCCUUCGGUCCUUAAUCAGGUUUUACCCAUCUAUUUUGCCUUCGGAUGUCAUGCAACUUUGUCAUCAUCAUCCUGCUCAGUUUUUGGCCUAUUUAGACAGUUUGGUGAAAUCGAGGCCUGAAGACCAACGGCCAUCCUUCCUUGAGUCCCUUCUACAACCAGAGUCUUUGAGAUUGGAUUGGCUGCUUUUGGCCAUGUCCCACGAUGCUCCCCCAAGCACAAGCACGAUGGACAAUGAAGGAAACCCCAGGGCUCAUUCACACUUGUGUUUGUGGGGUUAUAGCCAGCUGAUGCUUCAUCUCAUUAAACUACCUGCAGAUUUUACAACCAAAGAGAAAAUGACUGACAUCUGUAAGUCUCAUGGUUUCUGGCCUGGAUAUCUUUCUCUUUGUUUGGAGCUAGAGAGAAGAAGAGAGGCCUUCACCAACAUUGUGUACCUAAAUGAUAUGAGCCUGAUGGAAGGGGACAAUGGCUGGAUCCCAGAGACUGUGGAGGAAUGGAAGCUUCUCCUACAUCUCGUACAGAACAAGAGCACACAGCCGGCCCCCCAGAAGUCACCAAAUGGAAACUUCAGUGAUGGGCCUUCCCCCAUCAACAUGGAGAAUGUGGCACUCCUGUUAGCUAAGGCCAUGGGCCCAGAUCGGGCCUGGUCACUGCUACAGGAAUGUGGUUUGACCCUGGAGCUGUCAGAAAGGUUUACCAGAACCUGUGAUAUCCUAAGGAUUGCUGAGAAAAGGCAGAGAGCCUUGAUACAAAGCAUGCUUGAAAAAUGUGAUCGGUUUCUCUGGUCUCAGCAGGCCUAGUAGAAGAAGAUUCAGCAGAUGUCACAAUGUUUUGAGAAAAACUGAAUCAUGCUCCUGAACCUCCUGAGUGCAUUUGCUGUUGAAGGAAAGGUACCACCUGAAAACCCUGCCACCUUACUGGGGGUACUUUUGUCAGUGUCUGUAACUUCUGCAUUUGUGGCUCUACCUGUGACCUCAGUGUUUCUCAACCAGGGUUGAAUUUUGAAAGGAUUCAGUCCUUGUUUGCUGAAAUGAAGUGCUCUGGAAUCAGAAUUUGAAAGUUCACAGCCAUGCAGGCCUUAUUCUGAACUAUAGUAUUAUUUUCUCCUUGCUAGUGGAUUGGGGGAAUUAUUUUCCUAUUGUGACUCAUGUAGAGAGCAGAAUUUUCUCAUCCUGGUUGCAUGAAGACAGAUAAAGUAACUGACAGGAGUUGAAUUCUUUUUAUAUCUUACCUGGAAUAGUUGAGAAAUUACUGAAGUAAGACCUGGCGGAAUGGAAUUAGCACAUCAAAUAAGUGAAACACUGAAAAUUCAAAUUACAUGAAAUUAGAUAUUUACAUGAAAUGACCCCAUAUUUAAAUUGAGCUAAUUUAAAAUAUAUUUUUCUCAGUAUUUGACUUUUUCUAAUCUGAACCUAUAUACAAAUGACUAAUUUAUUACUAGAAAUGUUUUAUCUCUAAUCUUUCCUAAACAGUGGUCCAAAGGAAUCAUGCACUUUUUAAAAGCCAUAAUAAAGGAAAGCUAAGUACUAACAAACACUGUAGUAGGCACUUGUACUAGAAUGCUUUCCUCAGGCUCCUGUACAUUUACAUAGCAUGUUACAUUAAUAAUAAAUGUAAAAUCUGUUUUUAUUUGAACAGAUCUGUAUCUAUUAACAUAAUAAUAACAUAAAUAAUAAUAACAUAAAUAAACUCAAUAAACAUGAGUUUACUGUGAACAGUUUGCGGGAAGGUGUGGGGUAAACUCAAUGUGGAGUAAGAAAAGUGUUGGAUACGUUGAAUGAUUCACUUCUUUUUUUCAUUCGUAACACAGCCAGAAGAGCUACAGACAGAAAUGGCUGUCAUACUUCCACAUGGUAUUGGAGAUGAUGUGACUGGAUGGGUUGAAGGAGAUUGUCAGAGAAAGGAGGCUUCACAAAAUUUCUUAGAGUUUUGGGGAGCAUAGAAAGCAGUGGGUGUGGGAUGUGUGUGUGUGUGUGUGUGUGUGUGUGUGCGUGCGUGCGUGCGUGUGUGUGUGUGUGUGGUAUUUCACCUUACCAAGCAGUUCUCUGACACCAGUUGGGUGACCUGCAAUUCAACCAAUUCUGACACUGUUGACCAGGGGGUAGCAUCAGAUCCCACAGGUGAAGGGCUUAGUCCCAAAAGACUGCCCUCCAUUUUAUUAUUUUUUUAAUUUAAAUUCAAUUAACAUACAAUGUGUUACUGGUUUCAGAUGUAGAGGUCAGUGAUUCACCAGUCUUCUAUAACACCCAGUGCUCAUCACAUCACAUGCCCCCCUUAAUGUUCAUCACCCAGUUACUCCAUCCUCCCACCCCGUGCCCUCCACUUUAGACACUAAUUGCAAGUCCCAGUUAACUAUACUUCUGACCAACUGACUGUAAAUCAGAGGUUCUCACGACCCCUUCCUUGGAUUUGAUGGUUUGAUUAAUUUGCUAGAGCAGCUCCCAGAACUCAGAGAAACAGUUUGUUUACUAGAUUGCCAGUUUAUUAUAUAAGGAUAUAACUCAGGAACAACCAGAUAGAAGAGAUGCAUAAGGCGAGAUUUGGGGAAAAGCGUUAGGAGCGUCCUUGCCUGCUCCAAGCUCCACCUUCUCCAAAUUGCCACAUGUUCACCAGUCCGGAAGCUCUCUGAAUCAAGUUCUUUGGGGUUUUUUAUGCCUUCGUUACAAGAGCAUGGUUGAUUAAAUCACUGGUCACUGGUGAUCGAACUCAGUCCCUUUCUCCUUCCUGAGGUCAGGGGUGGGGUUUGGGGGGCUGGGACUGAAAGUUCCGGUCCUCUAAAUCACAUGGUUGGCUCUACUGGCAACCAGCUCCCAUCCUUAGGUGCAGUCCAAAUGUCACCUCCUUAAUACUACAAGACACCUCUGUGGUGCUCAUCACUUAGGAAAUUCCAGGGGUUUUAGGAGCUCUGUGCCGGAAAUGGGAGGAAGACCAAAUACAUACAUACUUCUUACCGUCAAUCACAGCAUCAUACCUUCCCACUAGCAUCAGCUGGGUUUUAGCUAUAUUGGGUUAUGAUGAAUGUGAGUCUGUACUAAGGUAAGGAGCAAGACCCCUCCCUUCACUGUCCAUCAGCUUCUGUCAUUACAUAAUGACUGUCCAGAAGAGGGCCCAGAAGAAAUCUCGGGAGAAGGACACAGCCUGAACUGGCCCAGUUGUGCAAUCAUUUCUUGACAGAUUGUUCUAAGGCAUCUUACAGCAAUCCUCAUUUGCCAAAGGGGUACAGAGAAAUUUCUAGCAUUAAAAAAAUAAAAAUCACAUCAUCUGAAUUUAUUUUCCAAAGUAAACCAAGCAACAGCAAAAAUCCCUUCGGUUAAACAUUUAAGUUUGAACAGUCAAGUUGGAUAUUAGGCAGUGUUUUCAAAUACAACUUGUAUCUUUUACUGGCCUAAAAAUUCUAGACAGUGAUUCAUGGUGGCCUUACUUUCAACAGGGCUGCAGGGUAGCGUAGUGGCUAAGAGCUUGGUGCUGAGGAGGGCUGUCUAGCUUUGAAUGCUGCUCUGUCUCCUUAUAAAUGACUGUGGGGAAGUUACUUUGUUUCUCUGUGUCAGUUUUCUCAUCUAAACAAUGGGGACAGUAGUAGUACUUACUCGGGUCAUGAAUGUGAUGAAUGUGAAGCACGGAGCAGGUGCCUGGCACAGAGUACAGGGAGAGCCAUCUCUUGGUGACAACUGAGACUAAAGUGCAGGACAGUAGGGCUUGUGACAGUGCCCAGGGAACACGUGUUAGCUGUUGUGUGAGAGGAUUGGAAUAUCCUUGCACCCAGAAGUGAUCAGACCCGGGUAAGCUGGUUCAUAUGAAUCCGAGAGAGUGGGAGCACCAAAAUUGAAGGUAAGAAUGUCCUUGCAUGUGUUAAAUAUGGCCCUGUCCUGCCCAAGGCUCAGAACCUUGUGAUCGUCCUUGCCUCUCCCCUCCUCAACCCUCACGUGCCACCACUGGGGAAAUCCUCUCGGUUCUGUGUCGGUGGUGUUUUCCACUGGUUAUGCCCGCCCGCCUGCCCGCCCGCCCCCACCCCCGUCUCUGUUGCCACCAGUCCACGUUCUCAUUUCUUCUUGCCUGCCUAGACGGAGCAGUCUUAGUGACCUUUCUUUCUUCACUUCUAAACUCUGCCUUCCCCCCACCGCCACCACUCAGUCUCAGCUCCCUAAAAUAUAAGCACCGAGAUAUCACCCAAGUCAGGUGAUUCACAACCCUGCUACACAUUAGAGUUAGCACAGGAGCUUGUGAAGAUUACUGUGUCGGGGAUCCUGCCCCAGGCCUGGCAUCUGUAGAUCAAGGGUCUAAUAUAAUCCUCAGCCGGCCUCCUACCCCCACAUUGUUCCUAGAUUUAGACAGAGGGUGAUCCUGGUUUACAGAUAAACCCCUGUCUUGGUCUCAUGGGAAGUUAGUGAGAGAUCCACUGCCAGAUUUCUUGUCCUUUUGAGGCACAGCCUUAAUCACACCUCUUGCCAGUCAGA